AUGGCGGACGACAGCGAUAGAGCGCCAUCCACUGAAGGGGCUGCCGCAGCAGCAGCGCCGGUAGACAGAGCAGUACGAACAGCCCACAUGGCUAGUUUUUCACCGCCAGGGCAUCUCAAAGUCAAAGGUGACUUAGCUCAGAAUUGGCGGGAAUGGCGUCAACUAUGGAAUGCCUAUGAGGUUGUCGCGGGUUUGAGCGAAGCGAGCAGACAAUAUCGUGUGGCCACCUUUAUCACGUGUAUCGGUCCUAGUGGUCUUCGUAUAUACAAUGUUCUGCCAUUUGCCAACGAAGACGAAAAGCAGCAGAUGGACAAAGUACUUCAAUUGUUCGAAAGGCAUUGUCUUGGUGAAACAAACAUUAUAUACGAAAGAUUUACUUUCAAUCGGAGAGAUCAGGUGGAAAACGAGAACUUUGAUACCUACUUGACAGCUUUGCGAGAGCAAGUUCGGCGGUGUGAGUUUCAGGGUAUGGAAGACGAAAUGUUGCGUGACCGUAUUGUUUGUGGGGUUGGUGACAAUGCUCUUCGGCGACAAUUGUUGCAGAAAAAGAAUCUGACGCUCCAGAGUUGUGUGGAUAUGUGUCGCGCUAGUGAAGCGACAGCCCACCAUCUUCGCGUUAUGGGUGGAGGUGAAGAUUUGCAUAAGGUUCAAACCAGCCAAGUCGUUCUUUCCAGUCUCGCGUCCCGGCAUGGUCGCGGAGCUGACAGAUGUCCAGCUCGUGGGAAGACAUGCGCAGCUUGUGGCAAGCUAAAUCACUAUGCACGAAAGUGUCGGAGUACACGACCUGGUAGCAAGAUUCGCCAUGCGCAUGUCAGAGAUUCUGAACUGGAUAGUGAUGAGUCUGAUCCACAGAUUAUGUCGUUGACACUCGAACCGAAGCGAAAGGAUGUACACAGCGUCACGAGCCAGAGGUUUCCCCGCCAGGUGUUUGCCACCAUGAAGGUGGAAGCUCACCACAUGCGUUUUCAGUUGGAUACAGGGGCAACAUGCAAUGUCCUGUGCAAGAAAGAUGUGCCAUCAAGAGUGCAGAUUUCUUCGACAACACAAACCCUGACAAUGUACAAUAGAGACGUGAUCAAGCCACUGGGAAAGUGUAGAGUUCGAGUUGUCAAUCCAAAAAUGGGGCAACAUAUGACGAAGAUUUUGUUGUUAUUAAUACAACGGUUGACAGCAUCAAUUGCUACGUCAAGUUGCAGCAAGGAGCAGCUGCUCAAAAGAACGACACAUCUGGAGACUGAUCCCACGGUUAGGAAAGUUCAGCUGCCAGUGAGGAAAACCCCGGUGGCGACCAAGAAGUUAUUGCAGAGUGAACUAGACCGACUUCAGACUCUUGGCGUCGUGGAGAAGAUUGACCGUCCAACAGACUGGGUAUCCUGUCCAAUCACUGUCAAGAAAUCAAAUGGAAACGUCCGCAUUUGUUUGGAUCCUAAUCCGCUCAACCGAGCUUUAAAGCGCAGUCAUUGUCCUGUUCCCACGCUCACAGAUAUUCUGCCUGAGCUCACUAAAGCCAGAAUCUUUACAGUGGCAGAUGUCCGGAACGGUUUCUGGCAUACUGCCCUUUGGGAUAUCUCCAGCACCGGAGAUUUUCAGCGCAAACUACAUGAGGCCUUAGAGGGUCUGGACGGCGUCUAUACCAUCGCCGAUGAUAUACUUGUUGUUGGAAACGGUGAUACAGACAAGAUCGCUGUGGAGGAUCAUAACAGGAAGCUGAUACAGCUAUUAGAGCGCUGCCGGCACAAGGGCAUCAAGCUCAAUAAGGACAAACUCCGUCUUCGGCUACCCAGUGUAACAUACUUAGGCCACAUUCUUACACCGGACGGCCUCCGCCCAGACCCACAGAAGACGAAAGCCAUUCAGAAGAUGUCCAACUCAACCUCGGUGAAGGAGGUCAGGCGUUUUCUCGACAUGGUACAUUAUUUAUCACCGUUUCUCUCUAAUCUAACGGAUCUAUGCGAGCCCUUGCGACAACUGACACGGAACGGAGUGCCAUGGCAAUGGUCUCACAUUGAGGAGGUGGCUAUGGAGCGUGUCAAGCAGGUCAUUACCACAGCCCCCGUACUUAAGUGCUAUGACCCGGCAGAACCACUCAAGAUCCAAAGUGAUGCAUCGGAAACAGGGUUGGGAGCUGUUCUCAUUCAGGCUGGGCAUCCAGUGGCCUAUGCUAGCAGAGCAUUGUCUAGCACGGAAACACAAUACGCACAAAUCGAAAAGGAGUUAUUGGCGGUUAUUUUUGGUUUUGAGAGGUUUCAUCAGUAG